CCGUCGGCGGCCAAGAGAAGCAGGAUGGAUCUGUCACCUCGGUUGCCACCGGAGGUUUGGACGAUGAUCUUCCAGCACCUGGAUUCGCGUUGGCUGGCACGGGUGCGGUUGGUGUGCCGCGACUGGAACGAACUGGUCACCACCCAGUCGGAACUGAUGGAUCGAUUCUUGCUCAAACUGGGAACAGCACAGUUUGUCGAUAAUCUGGAGGAGUUACGGCACCUUCUGGCGUUAGGGGAAGGAUACACCCGAGCCGAAAUCAACUGCAAGGACAGGCCAAGGGUCGCUUGGUUUGCAGCCCUUGGACAAUCCUUGACCACGCUUACCUGUAGGUUGAUAAAUUUCGGAUUUCUCUAUGAACUGCUCAGAGCUUUUCCGAACCUAAAACGACUUACGCUUACGGAUUGUUUCGAAUAUGGAAAGGUCGUCAAGCCAAAUUACGAGCUGAACAAACUGGAGGAACUAACCAUAAAAGAAAUCAGAAACAAGAAGAACGGAGGGUCGAUUUUUUCCACACUUAAGCACAUUUGUCCACGGAUCAAGGUUCUUAAAUUUGGCGAAGAUUACAAUGAGGGCUAUAACGAACUCUUCAAUUACAUUCAUUCAUAUGUGCUAGCGGUUGCAAAAACAUUGCAAGGAAUCAAAAUAACUACUCCGCUGUUUGGACUAAUAAACGAGCUAGUCACGAUGAAUGAUUUGCACCUUAAAAGACUGACCAUCGACUGCAGCGAAGAAGAUCUGCUGCGCUUGAUUCGGAGGCAGCCGACCCUGGAGCGACUUCACUUCCUUGGACAGUUGUCCAAUGUGACGGUGUUUGAAGAGAUUUUCCAAAUUUUGCCGAAUGUGAAAAGAAGCAAAUUGGCAAAUGUGAAUCUGAAGCAAGAUCCGAGGUCGAACCGGCAGAACAACUUCGCUCGUGCUUAAUUUAUCAGAGUUCGGCACGUUGGCUCCUCUGACUGUGUUUCCGGCCUAGCCUGCUGCUUGAGUUCCAGUUUGCAGAGUUUGGAACUAUCCGGUGCUUACCUGCCAAGCGAUGGCCUCAUCAGCCUCCCCCAAAUCGCCACCCGGAUCAAAAGUGUGAGCCUCUCUGGUUGCAAGGUCGAGCGUUUGUCGGCUUUGUUUGCGUUUAUUCAGCAGUCGCAAUCGUUGAUCUCGUUCGAAUUGAACUGGCUUCGUGUCAAAAUGGUGUGCCAGACCGACAUGCCAGACGCCGCCAGCGGACAUUCAGGAAUUCGUCAUUUGAAGUAUCACGACCAAUCAAAGGAUAUUCUGCGCGCACUUUUCGAGCUCUGUCCCGCUGUGGAAACGUUGGACAUUGUGCAUGACCUCGUAAAA